AGUCAGCAGGAGAGGCUCAUCCUCGGCGGAGCGGGCCACCUCUCUGGACUUCCUCUCACAGCGGAACCUUCCCAUCUGGAGCUUUCUAUUGAUACUUUUCCACUGGAGCUGAGGAGCCAUGGCCCGAGUCACAAUCCUCGCCCUCUUGGUCACAUAUUUGGUUUUGUCAGAGGCCCAACAUGAGGCUGGCUACUGUGCUUUCUAUGAAGAAUGUGGAAAAAACCCAUCAAUCGAAGGGGCCCUCCUUCCUGCUAUCGUCCCCUGUCUGGAUUACAGCAAGGCCCGACCCCUGAGAGGAGCACAUUACAAGAAACUACAGGAGGUGUGUCCCAUGCUGGACCGUGGCGAGGGCAACACCUUUGCCUGCUGCUCAUUCAACCAGCUGAACUCGCUGAUGGGGAGUUUGGCCCUGUCCAAGGUUGUGCUGGUCCGCUGCCCCUCCUGCGCUGAGAACUUUGCCCACAUGCACUGCAUCAACACCUGCAGCCCCAACCAGACCCAGUCAGUGAAGGUCACCAAGGUGAUGAACGUCACCAGCAAUGGAAAGACGCGAGAAGCUGUUGUGGGCUACCAAGCGUACUUAAGCAACAGUUUCGCCGAAGUGGCCUUCCAGUCUUGUAGAAAUGUCAGGAUUCCCGCCACAGGAGGCUACGCCAUCAGCACCAUGUGUGGCAAGUACGGUGACAAGCUGUGCACUGCUCAGCGCUGGUACGACUUCCAAGGAGACUCCAGUAACGGUUUGGCCCCCUUGGAUAUUGACUUUUUCCUGACAGAUCCAGGAGACGAUUUACCGGACGGUAUCAUCCCGUACGGUGGUAGAGCUCUGCAGUGUAAUGAAACUACUCCAAGUGGAGGUCAGGUCUGCUCCUGCCAGGACUGCCAAGAAUCCUGCCCUUUGGUCCCUGCUCCUGCACCACCACCGGGGCCCUUCAUAAUCGCUGGCAUGGAUGGAAUCCUUCUGAUUUCCAUUAUUGUAUUCUGCGUCUUAUCAUUGGCAUUCAUCGUCUACGUGCUGAUCACCUGCUGCCGGGGAAAAAAGAGAAAGAAGAGGCAAAAUAAAGAUCAGAAUGCAAACGAAGUGAAGCAGCGGGUCAUCCAUCCGUCAGAGGUGACUUGUGCUGACAGGAACAGCCUCGCUGCUCAAGCUGUUCUGAGCGCCUUCUUCGAGAAAUGGGGAACCUUCAUGGCCACGUACCCUCUCACUGUUCUGUUAGCAUCUGCUGUUGUGGUGUCUGCAUUUGCUGCCGGCCUUAUGCACAUUGAGCUCACCACUGAUCCAGUGGAACUGUGGUCAGCUCCCAACAGCCGAGCUCGGCAGGAAAAAGACUUCCAUGACUCCCAUUUCGAGCCCUUCUUCCGAACUAACCAGCUGAUUCUGACAGCGCCUCAGAGGAAGGGUCACGUCUACGAUUCCUUGCUGUUCGGCAAAUAUAACUUUAGCGGAAUUAUCUCUAAAGACCUGGUCAUUCAGUUGUUGGAGCUCCAGAAAAAGAUCCAGAACAUUGAGUUUUGGUCAGACGACCUCAACCGCACAGCCUCCUUGAAAGACGUCUGUUUCGCCCCGCUGAACCCAAAAAACUCCACUUUGACUGACUGUGCAGUCAACAGCCUGCCCCAGUACUUCCAGAACAGCCUGGAUAACAUCAACGCAAAGGUGAACAUGACAGAGUUGGGGGUGACCAAAGAGGUGGACUGGAGGGACCACCUCAUCUACUGCCUGAACUCGCCGCUCUCCUUCAAAGACAUCACUGAUUUGGGAAUGAGCUGCAUGGCAGACUACGGCGCACCAGUCUUCUCUUUCUUAGCGGUCGGGGGCUACGACAAUGACGACUUCACCAACGCCGAGGCCUUAAUCCUCACCUUCUCCCUCAACAACUACCCUCGGACUGACCCCAAGUUCAAGGUUGCCAUGCAGUGGGAAACAGAAUUCCUUAAAAUUGUCCAGGAAUACCAGAAAGAUCCGGCUUGCAAUUUCACUUUUGCAUACAUGGCAGAGAGGUCACUGGAGGAUGAGAUCAAUCGGACAACAGCAGAGGACAUUCCCAUCUUCAUGAUAAGCUACGCUGUCAUUUUCGUCUACAUCGCUGUGGCUCUGGGGGAGUAUUCUUCUUGCAAGCGUAUCCUGGUGGACUCCAAGUUUUUGGUGGGUUUUGGUGGGAUCCUGGUGGUUGGGUGCUCCGUUCUGGCCUCCAUGGGCUUCUACUCGUGGGUCGGUAUCCCAUCCUCGCUGGUUAUUCUUCAAGUGGUGCCCUUUCUCGUGCUGGCAGUCGGAGCAGACAACAUCUUCAUAUUUGUUUUGGAGUAUCAGAGGGAUGUGCGGAAGGUAGGGGAGAAAAGAGAGCAACAGAUCGGACGUGUCCUCGGAACAGUGGCUCCCAGCAUGCUUCUCUGCAGCCUCUCAGAAUCCGUCUGCUUCUUUCUAGGCGCCUUGUCCACCAUGCCUGCAGUCAAGUCCUUCGCCUUGUACGCAGCACUGGCUGUGCUCAUGGACUUUGUACUCCAGAUGACUGCCUUUGUGGCUCUGUUGUCUCUGGAUGCCCGGCGCCAAGAUAGCAACCGCUGCGAGCUGCUCUGCUGCGUCAAAGUGUCAACAAAGCGUCCCAACAAGCCCAACGAGGGGUUCCUGUUGCCCUUCAUGAGGAAAUACUAUGCUCCCGUCCUGCUGAACUCCUACGUCAGGAUCAUUGUGAUGCUGUUGUUUAUCUUCAUGUUCUGCGCCUCCCUGUUCCUCAUGUUGAAUGUGACGGUGGGUUUGGACCAGGAACUGGCGAUGCCAAAGGGAUCCUACAUGUUGGACUACUUCCACUACCUGUACAAAUACUUUGAGGUUGGAGUCCCUGUUUACUUUGUGACGAAAAAGGGUUACAACUUCAACAGUCUCGAGGGCAUGGACGGGGUUUGCUCCAGCGUGGGCUGCGACCAGUUCUCCAUGACUCAGAAGAUCCAAUACGCCACAAAAUACCCAGAAAUGUCAUACGUCGCGAUUCCGGCAAACUCCUGGGUGGACGACUUCAUCGACUGGCUGAACCCUGCAUCCAGAUGCUGCCGCCUGUACACGAUCGGCCCCAACAAGGGGAAGUUCUGUCCCGCCGACAAAUCGCCUUUCAUCUGUGGAGCCAAGUGCAUGUCCAACCCAAAAGACGGCGUUCUCCGGCCCAACAGAGAAGAGUUCAACAAGUAUCUCCCCUCCUUCUUGGCGAACAGGCCGGACUUGCAGUGUCCAAAAGGCGGUCUCGGAGCGUACGACACGGCUGUGGUUAGGGAUGAAAGUGGCGAGAUCAUAGCCAGUCGAUUCAUGGCCUACCACACUCCUCUGACCAACUCCCAGGAGUUCACCGCUGCCCUGCAGACAGCCAGAGACUUGGCUCACAACAUCACGGAAGAGAUGAAGAAGGUCCACGGAACGUCGCCUGACUUUGAAGUCUUCCCUUAUACAGUGACCAACGUCUUCUACGAGCAGUACCUGACCAUCGUGCCGGAGGGUCUCUUCAACAUCUCCCUCUGCUUGCUGCCCACUUUCGUGGUCUGCUGCCUGCUGCUGGGUCUGGACAUCCGCUCCGGACUUCUCAACCUCAUCACCAUCAUCAUGAUCGUGGUGGACACGGUCGGGGUCAUGACUCUGUGGAGCAUUGACUACAACGCCGUGGCGCUUAUCAACCUGGUGACGGCAGUGGGCAUCUCUGUGGAGUUUGUGUCCCACAUGACCAGAUCUUUUGCGCUCAGCAUCAAACCGACGCACGUGGACAGGGCGAAGGAGGCCACAGCCAACAUGGGCAGCGCUGUGUUCGCUGGAGUGGCCAUGACCAACCUGCCCGGCAUCCUGGUGCUGGCCUUCGCUAAAGCUCAGCUCAUCCAGAUCUUCUUCUUCCGCCUCAACCUGGUCAUCACCCUUCUGGGGAUGGCUCACGGACUCAUAUUCCUGCCGGUGCUGCUCAGCUACUUUGGUCCUGACGUCAACAAAGCCGUUCUGCUGCAGAUCCAACAGGCCAAAGAGAAGGACAAGCAUGAGAGGGAGAACAACGGCAGGAGCUUUUAUGACAACAUUGGUUUCGAAGCCGAGAUGAAGCCGCCCAAAUAUCCCGAGCACACAGAAAAACCCUACCAUCCCAGGGCGACGGAUGAGGUGGCGCAGAGCGACCAUUUGUAAGCCACAACAUCCAAACUGAACUGUUGAACUGGCCGAACAAGGACGGACCAGGACUGUCUGGACGUCAUAACCAGCACCAUCAGAACUGCCACACUCUCGGGUGCAGACUGGACUGUUGAUAUAUUUACCAUCAAGCCAGUUGAAGUACUGGAUUUUGUGCUCACUUUGUAUGAAGUAUGAUGAUUAACACUGUUUCAUUCAUUUAGAGUGACACUCCAUCCAUAUGUGUGAUGCACAUGUGAAUAUUAUCUAAUGCUGGAACGUGCAAAAAGCUGUAUAUAUUGUUCAGAACGCGCAAUAGUGUUGUCUGUCAUAAGCUGCGCAAGUAUUGCAUUUUAUUGUAUGAUUUGUGAAAUGGUAUUUGUGCUGAAGACGCACUUCACUCCUGUGUACCCGCUGGGUUAGUUGUAUUUUUUUUUAAAUCACAGGCUCCUGCUGUAUGGGACCACAGAUGUUUAUUUAAGAGAUCCUCUCCUGAGCUUCAUCCAAGUGUUAUAUUUCAGGUAGUAAAAUGCAAUGCAAUGUGUUGUUCUGUGGGCUUUUGAGUGGGUGGACUGUGAAAAAUAAUAAUAAACUGAAUGACUGAAAUAAACUGAACACUGAUA